UAUCCAACCCCCGGCUCGUCAGGGUCAGCUCGUCCCGCCCCCCCAGGAGUGCCAGGCAGUGCCGCCGCCGCCCUCCUCCCAGUGCCUCGUCUCCUCAACGCCUCCUUGUAUUAAUAAACCCUGCUGGCUCUUGUUAAGCAGCGUUUUUGGAGGCCAGCAGAGCGGAGAUACACGUCGGGUUGUCACUGGUUGCUUGCUAAUAUUGGAGAUCCCGAGCCGCCACCUGUGAAGCUUAUACAUGCAUUACGGAUUCAUUUCUGGUCCCUGAAUGCAGUUAAUUAAAGAAGAUAUUGAGGAGUGUAAUAGCAUGGCCCUUCAAGCUUGGCCUCACUGGGAGCUUUGUGGUGUUCCUGAUUUUCCUGAUGAAUUUCUCAGCUCAUUGGUGGCGUGGAAGCUCCCUGCCAGGCCAUUCACCACAAUUCAACCACUUUUUAACGUUUUCCACCAUCUUAACGUUAAAAUAACCCGUGAUGGAGGGCGUGCAGGCUGGCCAUGGCCCCGCGACACCCUUAUGGCCACCUGACAAGGCUAUAGUGGCACGGUAUGGCCCUCUUGAGUGCCUCCUGAUGCCUUGGUGGGGGCACAGUGUCAGCCCUCUGCCCCCUUGGUGACCCCUGUGGGUGUGGAGGUGGGUGUGCCUGGCUCCUGGGGGCGUGGCUGGGGAGGUGUGGACGCUUGUAACGCCUGGAAAUGGUUAAUUGUACAAUAGCCAAGAAGUAGCAGCAGCUGAUGAGAGCAUUGCCCGCGGCCCCCACACGCUCCACCCCUCUGAGUGAGUCAUGGACGGGCACGGCCAGGCAGAGAAGGAGGCCAGUGAGGUGCUGCGGUCCUUCAACAUCCUGGGGGCACCGCGCACCACCCAGGUCAGUAACGAGCCCCAGAACCUCUCCACGAGCACCACCCAGCCGAUGGUGAUGGUGCCCCCCCACCCGCCCCCCCAAUGGCACAUCCACCCCCAGCCUGUGCACAUCAUGACAUACCAGCCACAAGUCAACCCACCAACCUCUCAAAGUGAUACAAACAGCAAUCAACAGCCCCCCAAUGCACAGCAGCAGCAACAGCAACCACAGCAGCAACAGCAACCUCAGCCCCAGCAGCAGCAACAGCCUCCACCGCAGCAGCAACAGCCCCCACCACCACAGUUAACUCACAUGACAGCUGACCAACUGUCCCAACUCCAGCCAGCACCCCUUGAACACUCCAUCUGGUCCACCACUGACAUGGAUGGGCAGAACGGCAUGAACUCCACGUAUCCGAUGAGCGAUUUGCCGGGGACAGAUGGAGACACGACCCUCAAUGCCAACGACAUCACCGAGGAGGAGCACGAGACCAAGCCCAAGAUCAAAAAGGAGGUGAAGAAAAAGCGGAAACUUGCGGACCUCUUAGCCGAGGGCAUCGACCCCACCAAGCUGGAGGAGAACAGCGACCAGGUGAGGGAACGUUUCGGCAAGGGGUGCGAGUGUGAGGGCGACAACUGCUUCAAGAACAUGAAUCCCGAGUUUGUGUUCCGGCACCGGCUGAACAUCGCCGAGCUGACCAAGAACGAGCAUGACAUGUACCUGAUGGGCGUGACAAUGGCCUGCCUUGCCAACCCGGAGGAGACGUCGCGGCACAAGGAACGGAAGCGGCUCAGGGCGUCGUACGUGUUCCAGGGCAAGAAGGUGUGCUUAGACGCCUUCCUCUACCUGGAGAACUGCACGCACUACCAGCUCAAGGCUAUCCGCAAGCACGUCAUGGUCAACGGUGUUACCCCGCGCGUCCACGGCAACCACGGGAAGAAGCCGCCCAACACCUUCCCCCUGGACACCUACCAGCAUGCGGCAGCCUUCCUGCAGAGCUACAUUGCCCGCUACUCCCCCAACACCAACACCCCGAAGAAGCCCAACAAGUCCGGCAAGUCCCCGCCUGUGUACCUCCCAGCGGACAUCACCCGCAAGAAGAUCCACAACGCCUACAAGGAGUACUGCGAGCACUUUGAGCCCGACGUGAAGGUGAUGGGCUACUCCUCCUUCAGGCACUUCAUGAAGGAGCAGUUCCCCAACGUGAAGUUCUUCCGCAUGGACAAGAAGGCUGAACGCAACCAAGGCCAGAGUGACGACGAUGACGAUGACAACGAGGCGGCGGCUGCUGCGGCAGCAGUGGCGGUGGCCCAGAACCCUGCGGCCACCACCCAGGAGCAGCAGCAACAGGCACAGCAGCAGCAAGCACAACAGCAGCAGCAACAAGCUCAGCAGCAGCAGCAACAAGCACAGCAACAACAGCAGCAGCAGCAGCAACAACAGCAGCAGCAGCAGCAGCAGCAAGCACAACAGCAGCAACAACAACAGCAACAGCAGCAACAGAAUCAAAGGCAAGACCAGCAGAGGGUUGAAGCGGGUGCCCAGCAAGUGAUGCAGCAGCAGCAGGCAGCCCAGCAGCCCCAGCAGGAGCCCCCCAAGGAUGCCCGCAACACCCCCCCAGUCACAGCCGCCUCGGUGCCCCCGUCAGCCCACCCUGGUGCCCCGGUGUCCAUGCCCCAUGCCCCCAUCAGCACCAAUUACCCAGCCUACUCCCAUGUCCAGUUGCCCCUCAACCUGCAGACUCAGCAGCCUCUCUACUCUGCAUGCAUGCAGCCGGGGAUGUUUGCCCCGGGCCAGGCCCCCACACAGGUGCGCCCCACAGGCUUCCCCUACACCACUCUCUAAGUUGCUGGGGCAAACCAGGGGUGUGGUGUACCUGUGGGGGUUGCUGCCAGCCUGGGUUGUUGGAGCAUCAGCCUAGGGCUCACAAGAACCUUGUGAGUGCCUGGUGCAGGUGGCUGCCACUGUAAUGGCUGGCUGUCCUGCCUCCAGUGGCUGGCUGAGGUGAGGGCUGGUGGAGGAGGUGGGUGGGGCAUUAUAGCACACUGUGCCACCCAGACAAUAACUAAUCAAAGUGGCUGUUGGUGUCACACUGCUCAUCCUCCAUUCAUCCACACAGUCCUGUUGGGACGGAGCAAUACAGUCCUGCACAACUCCCUUCCCCAUCCCGUCAGCCAAGUGCCACCCGUCACCGCCAUCCUCUAUGCUUUGCGGAUAUGCAAUGCUAACUCAAGACGUGCAUCUCAGCUACUCUGCAGACAGACCACAGGUGUUCCCUGGGCCAGCCCAUACCACCCUCACCACAACCUUGCAAUCAAGACUUCAGGAAAAUUAGGUAGUUGAAGCCAGGAUGAAGACUACGUGCCUGUACCCCAUCUCAUCGCGCCAUCAUCCCGGUCCACCUCAUCACCCCAUCACACACCAGCGCCGCCGCCGCCACAGCAUGGGUACCCCAGCCAACCCUUUUUGAGUGCUGGAUGUUCGGUCGUCAUUGUAUACCACAGCGACUCCGUUAUGCAUGAAGUUCCAAGCCACUGUAUAGGCCUUAGCUUUCCCAGUACUGUAGAUUUAGGGGAUAACAUGGACAGAUAAGGUUUCUAGGUUAUUUUUUGAUGACUUUCCAUUCCAAGUGGGCAUUACUUUUCCAUAUCCUGUUGCCAAUAGUUGCCUCUGAAGGAGAGUGUCGGGGGGGAGGGGAGAGGCUGGUUCCCAUUACUCCAAGCAGGCUCUCCCAUCCCCUCCUUGGGUGUUGUUGGAGGGGAAUGGCCUCAGAGAAAGCCAUACAUACUAUACCAUUUCCCAAGUUUUGUAGGGGGGAGGCGGGAAGGGCAGGCAGGGUCAAGGGGGCAAAGUGGGAAGGGGAAAUUUGUAUACGCAACCAGUAUCGUUUUAUUUAUCAUAACGUUUUUCACUAAUUUAAAACAAGUGCCAAACAGGAGUAGCAGCCGCAGGGUUAUGGCGGCACUGACAAGGGUUCCUCUAGAAGACCUGCGCCUCGAGGUGACCGAUAGAUAGUCCUUUAGUGCACCAGACCAUAUCCUAACGCUCGGAGCCAGGCUUGAGAUUUACGACGAGUGACUGCCUGGGGAGUGUCUUGAGCCCUGUGCUAUUACAUCCUUUCCUGUCGUCAUUUUCUUUCUCAUCUCUCACUCUCUCGCCUGCAAACGUUCCCGGUGAAAUUCAUCCCACAGAUCAAAAUAAGUCUUCUCGGUUCAUUUUUUAUGCAUUUUUAGUGUUGGUGAACCAUGACCUGUUUUUAUGUGUGGUCAGAGGUUACUGUUCCUCUUUUAUGGUGAAGGGCAGUAGUUGGUUUUAACAUUCCAUUUGACUGUGUGUGCAAUCUUGUGCAUAUUUAUUGUAUCUUGUGGAGAUCAAACUGGUCCUGUCUGCUUCAUGAACACUUACUUUUCUUUGGUGGGCGUGUGAGUUAGAGUGUAGCACAAGGGUGAGGCGAGUGUCGUGUAAGGAGUGACUGUCUCAUUUAUGAACUUCUUGUUUUUGGUGUAAUUUAUUCUGGUGUUUUUUAGCGUAAUUUAUUCUGCCCAAGUGACCACGAGCUGAGUUAUGCAUGAAGACUUGUUACUCGUUCAUCUGUGUUGUGUUUAUGUUACGAUCUGUUCAUCAUUUCAUUCCUCUGGUCAGUGUAUUCUCCUCUCUACCUUUCUUCACUUCCUUUGCAGCUUCCUAUAUCUAAUUCAAUGAUGAGUGAGUGACGAAUCGUUUUGAUAAAAAAAAAAAACUAAACUUGUUAUAUCACUCAGGAUUUGGCUGCUCUAAGUCUCAUUAUCAUCAUUCAUUUAAAAGGAUGACAUUUUAUAUUAACCUGACGGAAAGUAGUGCAGAAAAUAACCGAUGGAUCCUGAACCUGUAUAGAGAGAUUGAGGAGAAUGGGCAGCCACUGAUAGGAGGAGGAGACUGACAUGUGCAUUGGUAUAGUAAGCCUUUCAGAAUGAUGGAUACCACUUUUAUACAAUCAGCUGCAGCUUUAGUCUUAUUUCUUUACAUUUUAUUUCUACAUAUUACCAGAUCAAAAGACAGACCAGGUGAAAGUGAGAGAGAGAAAGAGAGGGGGGUGUCAAAACUUCGUUAGCCAUGUCUGAACAAAAGCCCGAAGUUUUUAAAUGGUCGAUCUUUACGUUCUACUUACACGCAUUUUUAAAUUGAACGUGUUGUUUUAUACUAAAGGGGAAAUUUUUAGAACGGUCAAUCCUUACGUUUUAUUUACACGCGUUUUUAAAUUGAAUGUGUCGUUUUAUAAUAAAGGGCAAAUUUUUAAAGUGGUCGAUCUUCACUUUUUUAUUUUUUAUUUACAUGCGUUUUUAAAUUGAACGUGUCUUUUUAUGUAAAUAUCUCUCGUCUUCCUCAAACUCUCAUUGCUCUCCCUGUGUGUGUGUGUGUGUGUGUGUGUGUGUGUGUGUGUGUGUGUGUGUGUGUGUGUGUGUGUGCAGCAUUGUUCACUACCUCAGACACCUGUUUGGCCACGUCCCCCGCGGCCAAUGAGAGGAUGCAUGCUUGGCGACGAAGGUAAUUUUUACGUAAUGAUUAACUCUUAGUACUAAUUUAACGCUACGUGGCUCGGUUCGUUUUGUAUUGGCAACUUAUUUAUUCUGUCUCGUCUUGGUUAGAAUGAUGUUUGCGGUUUUUAUUUAUUUACGUUCUUUUUUAUCACAGCGUUGUCUUCCCAGUUUACCGUAACUUAUUGCUGCUUGUUUUUUAUUUUAGUUUUUAUCGGUUCUUAUACGUGAAGAGUUGUAGACGACUCACGUGAGAUUUUUAGUGCGUGUUUCGUUGGGCAUUGUUUCAUUAUUUUACACCUAGCCGUCGCAUCUCAAAGUUCCCAAAGAAACUCGCAUUGGUAAUGUUUUUCCGAGUUUUCUCCCUAUCCCGUUUUUCAGUUCAUUUUAGUUCUAUUUAUAUGUAUGCAUUGUAUAAUUUUAUUUAGCUAUUAUAUUUAUUUGUUUGUUCGUUUCCUCGCUGCCAACCCGGGCGGUGCAUCUGGUCGGGUCUCGGUCGGCCAGUAACCUCAAAAAACAAAACUAAGCAAUAUUUUAUUACGCAAAACAGAAUACCUACAUAGCACAACUCUGCUCUUUCUUUUUCCUUUAACAUCUUCUUCAGGUUUUUCAUGGGCAUCAAUUAUUUGCUAAGUUAUUAUUAUCAUUACUUUUAUUACUAUUAUUAGUGUUGGCCAGGCUGGUUUUUAUUCGCGACAUACACAAGAUCUCGCAAAUCAUUAACUUUUUACAGUAUUGGGGGUAAGAACAAGGGGAAGGGAGGGUGAGGGUGGGUAAGGGAAGGGAGGGGUGCAGUGGGCAUUUUUUAACCAUGGGGGUAGGGGUUAAGGGUAUGGGAAGGGUCAGAAAAGGGGGGAAGGGGUAAUGUAUCCACCACAGGGGGACGCAACCAAGAAUUUUAUGAUGGGAAACUUUUUUGUAUUAUAAUAAUAAGAAAAAAGCAAAAAAAUAAAAAGCUAACAAAAUGUACUAGGAUAAAUUAAUAAAACUGUGAUAUUAAGGUA